UGGAGGCGGCCGAACCGCAGUGGAGAGACCCGGGCGGCUGCGGCGCGGCGGCCUCCACCUCUCCGCGGUUGCCCGGCGCUGCCCUACAUUGGACACGUAGCGACUGCGGGUCACCUCUCCUUUGCUUCUCGCAGGAGUCGCGUUCCCAGGAGCAACAGCUCAGAAGACGCGGUCGGCGCACAGGAGGCUCCCGCUCCCGCACCCCGACCAGUCGGCGGCGGGAUGUCUGUGGUGGGCAUUGACCUCGGCUUUCUCAACUGCUACAUCGCGGUAGCGCGGAGCGGCGGCAUCGAGACCAUCGCCAAUGAGUACAGCGACAGGUGUACCCCGGCCUGUAUAUCUUUGGGAUCGAGAACUCGAGCCAUUGGAAAUGCUGCUAAGAGCCAGAUAGUCACGAAUGUAAGAAAUACACUCCAUGGCUUCAAAAAGCUUCAUGGCCGAUCGUUCGAUGAUCCCAUUGUGCAAACUGAAAGGAUCAGGCUUCCUUACGAGCUGCAGAAGAUGCCGAACGGAAGUGCAGGAGUGAAGGUGCGGUACCUAGAAGAAGAGAGACCUUUUGCUAUUGAGCAAGUUACUGGAAUGCUGUUGGCUAAGCUUAAGGAGACUUCAGAAAAUGCUUUGAAGAAACCAGUGGCUGACUGUGUGAUUUCAAUUCCUAGCUUUUUCACUGAUGCUGAGAGAAGGUCUGUGAUGGCCGCGGCCCAGGUUGCAGGUUUAAAUUGUCUAAGAUUGAUGAAUGAAACUACUGCAGUUGCACUAGCAUAUGGAAUUUAUAAACAGGAUCUUCCACCGUUAGAUGAAAAACCAAGAAAUGUAGUAUUUAUUGACAUGGGACAUUCUGCCUACCAAGUCUCAGUUUGUGCUUUUAACAAAGGAAAACUUAAAGUCUUGGCUACUACCUUCGAUCCAUAUUUGGGUGGCAGGAACUUUGACGAGGCUUUAGUAGACUACUUCUGUGAUGAGUUCAAGACCAAAUAUAAGAUAAAUGUGAAAGAAAACUCUCGGGCCUUAUUACGUUUAUAUCAGGAAUGUGAAAAACUAAAGAAACUAAUGAGUGCAAAUGCGUCAGAUCUUCCACUGAACAUCGAGUGUUUCAUGAAUGACCUUGAUGUUUCUAGUAAAAUGAACAGGGCUCAGUUUGAACAAUUAUGUGUUUCCCUCUUUGCCAGAGUUGAACCACCAUUAAAAGCAGUGAUGGAACAAGCUAACUUACAACGUGAAGAUGUAAGUAGUAUAGAAAUUGUAGGAGGAGCAACGCGAAUUCCUGCAGUGAAGGAACAAAUCACUAAAUUCUUUCUUAAAGACAUAAGUACCACAUUAAAUGCUGAUGAAGCUGUCGCAAGAGGAUGUGCAUUACAGUGUGCGAUUCUCUCGCCCGCAUUUAAAGUGCGUGAGUUUUCCAUAACAGACACUGUUCCCUAUUCAAUCACAUUAAGAUGGAAGACCUCUUUUGAAGAUGGAACUGGGGAAUGCGAAGUAUUCUGUAAGAACCACCCAGCCCCAUUCUCAAAAGUCAUUACUUUCCACAAGAAGGAACCGUUUGAGCUAGAAGCAUUUUAUACUAAUUUACAUGAAGUGCCUUAUCCUGAUGCAAGAAUUGGGAACUUCACUAUUCAGAAUGUUUUUCCACAGUCUGAUGGCGAUAGUUCCAAAGUGAAGGUUAAAGUUCGCAUUAAUAUCCAUGGAAUCUUCAGUGUGGCUAGUGCAUCAGUAAUUGAGAAGCAGAAUAUCGAAGGGGAUCACAGCGAUGCUUCUAUGGAGACAGAGACUUCAUUUAAGGACGAAAGCAAAGAUGAUGUGGAUAAGAUGCAGGUUGACCAAGAAGAUGGUCAUCAAAAAUGCCAUGCUGAGCACACCCCAGAAGAAGAAAUUGAUCAUACAGGAACCAAAACAAAGUCAACCCCCUCGGAAAAACAAGACCGAUUAAACCAGACCACUAAAAGAGGAAAAGUCAAGAGUAUUGAUCUACCUAUCCAGAGUAGCCUGUGUAGACAGUUGGGCCAAGAUCUUCUCAAUAGCUACAUUGAAAAUGAGGGGAAAAUGAUAAUGCAAGAUAAAUUGGAGAAAGAAAGAAAUGAUGCUAAGAAUGCUGUUGAAGAAUAUGUAUAUGAUUUUAGAGACAAGCUGGGCACUGUCUAUGAAAAAUUCAUCACUCAAGAAGACUUGAAUAAACUGUCUGCAGUAUUGGGAGACACAGAAAAUUGGCUUUAUGAAGAAGGAGAGGACCAACCUAAACAAAUUUACGUGGAUAAGCUUCAAGAACUAAAGAAAUAUGGUCAGCCUAUUCAAAUGAGAUACGUGGAACAUGAAGAGAGACCAAAAGCUUUAACAGACUUGGGAAGAAAGAUCCAGCUUGUCAUGAAAGUGAUAGAAGCCUACAGAAACAAGGAUGAAAGAUAUGAUCAUUUGGAUCCUGCUGAAAUGGAAAAAGUUGAAAAAUACAUCAGUGAAGCCAUGAAUUGGCUGAACAGUAAGAUGAAUGCACAAAAUAAACUAAGUCUCACUCAAGAUCCUGUGGUGAAAGUUUCAGAAAUAGUUGCAAAGUCAAAGGAACUGGAUAAUUUCUGUAACCCCAUCAUUUACAAACCCAAACCAAAAGUAGAGAUUGCAGAAGACAAUGCAAAAGGUAAUAGUGAACACAAUGGACAGAUGGAUGGACAGAGUGGGACUGAAACUAAAUCAGAUACAACAAAAGACAGCUCACAGCAUACUAAGUCUUCUGGAGAGAUGGAAGUGGACUAAGUCUUAACUUUACCUUCACGUAAUUCAAACAGUGCAAGUAACCAUGGGGUCCAUUCUUCUUUUACAUCUGGUACACACAACAGAUGUUCAGUUGUUCUUAACCACAUUUUGUCAUUUGUUUUUUGGAGUAGUUUUGAAAAGUGUUUUAUAUUGAGUACACAUCUGUUUAUUUCCAUUGCUGCUUAUGUGAAGCUUUAGCUGAAUAUAGAUUUACAAGUCAGUUUAAGCUUUCCUAAUAUAUUUUAUAUCACAUGCAAUAUUGAUAUGUAGUUGGCAACAAUCUACCUUAUUUAAAGCUUCUACUUGGAUAAACUUCAGCUCCUUAUUCAGGAAAGGAUACUACUGUAUUGCACUAAUGUCGCAGAAGCAUAGAUAUAACUGAUCAUUAUUUUGAAAAACAGUAUUGAAAUUGAUGUGGUUUAAAGUCACUGAGGCACUGACCUUUUUCUAGUUAUUGUAUUGUUUAACUUAAAUAUUAAAACAAAUAAGAGGUUCCUCGACAAAUUAGUCCAUCUCAUUGGUGUGCCAUGAGAAUUCCAAAGCUUUGCUUCCAUCACAUAAAUGAACCAAAUUACACCUUGAAAGGGAAAAUGCACAAUUUUAUGUUAAGGUGACACCAGCAGUUUUCUUCUUUUAUUAGUAAUGUGGAUUGAUGUUUUUUUCUUAGAGUAAUUCAGUGUCAUUUUCACUUGAACUUCUGAUCUACUUGUCCUGAAGAUCUGCUGCUGCUAAAGUAAUACUAGCCUAAAGAAAAAGAAAGUACCUUCAUGUUAAGUGGAAAUGCUGUGGACCUACUCAGAAAUGCAUCUGUGAUGUUGAUAGCCUUGUUUCAGUUUUAAUUGUUGUUUUGGUUUUAUUAAUUGAUUCUAUUAAUCUUAACACAGGGUAGGGGGAAAUGGCACAAUGGAUUGCAUUAUGUACAUUUAUCACUGAAGUUCUUAAUGGUAAGAUAUAAACACUAUUAAAUAAGUGGUAAUACUUGAAAAGCACUUAUACCCUAAGUCUUAGGAAAUAAUGCUUGUAAUAAACUUAACUAUGUUACAUAUCAACAGGAAAAAUAUAGAAUGUUACAUAGUGUAAUAUGAUAUGAUGUGAUUAAAUUAUAGUUCCUGCUGUUAAAUUACCUGUUCAGA